CCAUUUAGCAACACACACUUCUCCUCCUCAAUUCAUAUCACACACAAAACAAACAUACAGACUAACCAAACCAAUGGCUUCUUUGGCGGCUUCAACCGCGGCGGCUUCGCUCGGCGUGUCCGAAAUACGGGGAAACCCUCUCGGCUUCUCUGGCGCCUCCAGAGCGGCUCCUUCGGCUUCCAGUCCUGUCACAUUUAAGACAGUUGCUCUUUUUCAAAAGAAGAAGCCGGCGCCUCCACCCAAGGCUAAGCCAGCCGCUGUUACGCCGGCUACCGAUGAACUAGCCAAGUGGUAUGGUCCUGAAAGGAGAAUCUUCUUGCCGGAAGGUCUUUUGGACCGAUCGGAGAUCCCGGAGUACCUUAACGGAGAAGUCGCCGGAGAUUACGGUUAUGAUCCUUUUGGACUUGGAAAGAAACCAGAAGACUUCGCCAAAUACCAAGCCUACGAGCUGAUCCAUGCACGAUGGGCAAUGUUGGGAGCAGCCGGUUGCAUUAUUCCUGAGGCCUUUAACAAAUACGGUGCUAACUGUGGUCCUGAAGCGGUCUGGUUCAAGACCGGGGCUCUACUUCUAGACGGAAACACGUUGAACUACUUCGGGAAGAACAUCCCCAUUAACUUGGUCGUAGCAGUCGUUGCCGAGGUUGUUCUUGUUGGUGGUGCAGAAUACUACAGAAUCAUCAAUGGCUUGGAUUUGGAGGACAGGCUGCACCCUGGUGGACCGUUUGACCCAUUGGGUCUGGCUAAGGACCCGGACCAGUUUGCACUAUUGAAGGUUAAGGAGAUCAAGAAUGGUAGACUAGCUAUGUUCUCCAUGUUUGCAUUCUUCAUCCAAGCGUAUGUGACCGGACAAGGUCCUGUUGAGAACCUUGCAUCUCACUUGAGCGACCCUUUUGGAAACAACUUGCUAACCGUCAUUUCUGGAAACAUCGAACGAGUCCCAACCCUGUAAACCACAUUAUGUACUCUUAAAACAUUGACAUCCAGAUCAAUAGAUCAUCGUGUAUUCUAUAUAUUUUGUUUUUUUAUGAGAAGCGGUUCGAUCAUUCAAUUAGAGCUUGGUCGUUCCGUCGAAACCAAACAUUAUGUUUCUGUUUAUUAAAAAUACCAGGCUAUAUUUCUUUGCUCAA